AUGCUUGGAUCGCAAUGGCUGCAACGACACUCAGAGACAGCUAAGACUAUUGCUGUAUUUGCGUGUGGAGCAGUCACCGCAACCACCAUCUACCAUGUCCUACUCACUACCCGCCGGCAAAAGGCUACCUUGAAGCUGAAAGAGUCCAUCCCAGACCAACCCCACGACCAACCUGCCUCGCAGUUGACAGAAUAUGGCAGCGCUCCCCAGCCGAGCAUUACCAGUGCCGAGGACACAAAAGCUGCAAAGAUAGCCGCAAGGGCACGAAAGGGCGACUUCGACGAAGAGUUGAUUUUUGAACAGCUGGCUCGCAAUCGAAUAUUCUUGAAAGACGAAGGUCUCGCAAAACUCCGCAAUGCUUUCGUUGUUGUGAUUGGUCUGGGUGGUGUUGGCAGUCAUUGUGUUGCAGCUCUGGUUAGAAGUGGUGUUUCGAAGAUCAGAAUCGUCGACUUUGACCAGGUCACUUUGAGCAGUUUAAAUCGCCAUGCACUUGCUACUCUGGCCGAUGUGGGGACUCCAAAAGUACACUGUGUGCGAAGACGCCUGGAACAGAUUUGUCCUUGGGCAAGAAUUGAGUCUAGGAACGAGCUGUUUAGUUCUCAGUCUGCUGAAUCUCUACUCGCUCCAUGGGACUACGAGCUGCAUGACGGUGAAGACCGUGAUCAAGAGCCUGAUUGGGUCGUGGAUGCCAUCGACAAUAUUGACACAAAAGUACAACUUCUGCACUAUUGCACGUUACACAAUAUUAAGGUCAUCAGUGCUAUGGGUGCAGGCAUUAAGAGCGACCCUACCAAGAUCUGCGUCGGCGACAUAUCUACUAGUAUUGAGGACCCCUUGUCCAAGGCUACAAGACGCAGACUCAAACUACUAGGUGUGUCUACUGGUAUCCCUGUCGUCUUUUCGACCGAAAAGCCAGGUCCAGGCAAGGCUGCCUUGAUGCCCAUAGCUGAUUCCGAAGUUGAGAAGGGCAAUGUGGGUGACCUUGGUGUCCUGCCCGACUUUCGUGUUCGUAUCUUACCUGUCCUGGGCACAAUGCCUGCCAUGUUCGGAUAUACUUUGGCAAGUCAUGUUAUAUGUUCUGUUGCAGAAUACCCACUUGAGUACAGUGUUGGCGAUCGUGGCCGAGACAAAAUGUACGAAGCAAUUCUUUCAGCUCUUCAAGGUCUCGAAGAGCGUCUUGCAAGAUCUGUCAAUGGCCAAGAUGCUGUUGGCUUAAAGAUUCCCAUUUCCAGAGACGACGUUGCGUAUCUGGUCGAGGAAGUCUUCAGAGGUAGAAGUGUGGUCAGUGGUUUGACCACGAGGCUUGUCCUGGUCAGAUGGAAUCGACCCGAGUCUGGUACCAAUAUGAACAGAGCUUACGAAGUGGAGGGCCAGAAAACGUCGAACCUGAAAAUUCCAGAUCUUGUUCUGAUGACUAAGGAGGAAGCCCAGCGGCACGAAAAGGAAAUCCUAAAGGGUACCAAAAGCCCUGAAGAUAUUUACGAACAAGACGUGCUUGCGCUCGUUGAGUCUCGUCAUCAGGAAGAACAUGCAUUUUCCAAGUAUAGGUGA